AUGUCCUACCAAGACAGCAUUUUAAUGUUUAAAACAAUUUUAAAGAAAACUGUUGAUGGUACGUAUUCAAUAAACGCUAAAGAUGUUGUCAACUUAGAAAAAACGUUACAAUCAGCUUAUACCGCUAUGAACAAAUCCGAAAUAGAAAACAAAAGACUGAAAUCCCAAAGUACAAUUUUAGAAACUGAAUGCGAUGCGCUUCGGGUGAUAUUAAAUGAAACAAUAAGCAAUCUUUGUUUAGAAUUUGAUCGUAGAGUCGAAAAAUUUAGUUACAUCCAGGAAGAAAAAAAUAAGUUAAAGCAUAUAUUUGAUAACCAAUUAUUGAAAAUACAAGAGGAAUCUUCAAAUCGUUAUAAUGAAGUUAUAAAUGCCGUAAACAAAUUAAAAGAAGAAAUUAUAGUAAAGAAUACAACAAUAUCUGAUUUGACGAAUGAUAUUUAUUUGGCUAAUGCAAAAACCAAUGAAAAAUAUGCCAACGAACAAAUAGUUCAAAAGAAAUUGUCUAUCGACUUAACAAAUAUAAACAAUGAAUUAUACGAGGGCAAAUGUUUAAUAUCCGGACACAUCAGUCAAAUGGAAGGACAAUCUGACAUUGAUAUAAAAAACUAUCGACUAUCCGAGUUAAUCGGUAUGUUUACUACAUCGUUCAUAAAACUCAAAGAUAAUGAAAAAAAUAAAACAAUAAAUGGAUAUAAUAUUAUUAUGGACAAUUUACGUAAAGAAAACGAACAUUUUAAAAUCUCCAUAGAGAAAUACAAACACCAAUUGUUAAACGAAGCAAAACAAUGUGUCGAACAAAAACAAAACGAAUUAUCAUUGAAGAAUAAAUACGAACAAGCAACUGCUAAAAUAGAAAAACUAACUUGUAAGACUAUAUCGUUAAUAUUUAUUGGUAUAUUUUAAUAAUUCAUAAUGUUUUAGAUUCUAAGCAAAGCGAGGAAUGUAUUGGUUUUACUAUGUGUACGAAUUUUUGGGUAGAACACGAUUCCACACGUUCAUUGUUGUUCGAUAUUACAUUUUUUUCGAUCUUUUUUUUCUACCCGACUUCGUAUUGUAUUCGAAUGCGACGUUUCCAUAUUAGGAAUACGAUUCCGUACGGUUUUUUGUUUUUCUUGUAACACGAUUCCGUGAUUUCUACAUUUAUUUAACUUUUUACCACGACAUUCCAAGUUCAAAUUAAUUAAAAACAAGUUAAGAUAGGUCUUUUGAUAAAGAUAACAGUACACAUUAAAUUACACGAGUCUAUAUGAUUUGAUUAAUAUUUGUUAUGAUAAGGGUACCUAAUAAGUAACAUUAUAACGAUAAUUUCAUAAUAACGAGAUUAUUUUCAUAAAUGACCCACAACAGUCAAUAACUGUUGAUAAAUAUACCAGUAUAAUCAGUUAAGUCAAAACUGUUAAAACGCCGCGCGUGGAUACAGUUCAAUGAUAAGUUACAUUAACUUCGAGUGCUAUUCUAUUCUUUAUAUUUUUACGGUGUUAAAAUGUAUAUAGUUAUAAUAGCUAGGAAUGGAGAAUCAAUCAGAGAUAAUAAAAUCUGAAAAGAGCAACGCAUACAAAACGUUGUACAACAUUUUAAUAAUUAUAAAAUAUCUAAUUUCUAUUAGCCUUAUGUACCGAGGGAAAAAAAUUAUAUUAAAUUGUAUAUUAUUUUACAUUAUUUCUUUUUCGUAAUAAACGUAGAACCAUACCGUUUAUAAUAAAUUUGGCAACGUUGCACCAAAUUUGUAUUGUAUUUCAAUAAACAAUAAAUUAUUCAUGCGAAAUUGUGUUAAAAAAAAAAAAUUGUACAGAAUCGUGUUCAAAAAAAAAGCGUGCGAAAUCGUCCUCCCGAAUUUGUCUACCUGUGAAACACUUUUUUACUAGAAAUCUUGCUUUAGUCGAAAAAUGACCUAUUUGAAGCAUUUUCAAUGUUGUUGAUCCCUUUGAAGAGGUUAUUUUUUGAAUUUAAUUUAAAUUUAAUUUAAUAGGAGGUUCAUUAAAAGUCUUACAUUGUGGUAAAAAAAAAGUUGAGUUAAUGUAGUAUUUUUUUUUAUUGGGGAAUUUAAUUAACGAAUUUUGACGAAAAUCAUUUAAGUAAAAAAUUAUGUGGAACAAAUAUAAUUUUUCAAUUUUUUAUUUUGAACAUAUGUAUAUUGUCGAUUUAAGAGUGAUGAUGAAGUCAGAAUUAAGUUCAACUGACUAAGUUUCGAAAUCAUAGCUUUUUGAAUUUCUGCUACUAAGCGGAUAUUAUAUGUUAAAAAACUCUAUAUUGUUUUUCUUAAAGAUUAUUUGUCUUGAUCUAAUGGCUAUAUAUGUCCAUUAUCAUUCUAGAGGUUUUGGGUUAUAAAACAUAUUUUGCAUUUUUUUUUCCUUUUACUGAAAUAAGAAAAAACAAAUGCAGUAUGAGUGUACCUAGAGACCUAAGCCAUCGCUCGCUCGAACUAUAUUAAUCACAAAAUACCCCUCGAUUUUUUGUGCAAACUUUUCCAUCAGAAAUCUUGCUCUGAUGUAUCAAGUGUAGCUUAUUUUCUGAAAAGAAAUUUUAUCUCCAUGGUUAUUUGAAAAGGUUAUUUUUGAAUUUUUCCAAUUUUCUCAAUAAAUGCGAAAAAUCAAGAAAUACUGAGAAAAAACUGGAAAAUCAGUACAAUAUUAAACAAAUAUUAUAAAGAAAAUAUUUAAUGCCUAUUUAAUUAUUCGAUCAUAUUAUGACAUAUAUAUUGUUGAUAAAACAUCACUAUCAACUGAACUUUGCUCAGAAUCCUUUUUCAUUAGUAAUGGUUUAUCGUUGUGUAUACAGAUAUGAAUAUAAUUGCUUCUAUAUUACUGACUUCCACAACAGUGGCACGCCUAUAUCCUGCAGUAUCGAUUCUAUUUUAAAAUAAAUUCAUUGUAUUUCAGACAAAAUGAUUAAUCUGAACAAUCAAAAUAGACAGUUAGAGGACAGCUUAAAAGAGAAAUCGUCGCAAAUGAGUUCGUUUGAACAAAUCACCAACAUAAAGUUUACAGAAUGUGCUAACAUUAUAACAAAAUUGUCUAAAUCUAUUGAUCGUAUACCAUUAUAA